AUGGAGAUUGCCUUGGUCACCCUGAAGAACGGAGGCACCACGGCCAUCGGGAAAGGAGAGCAGGCUGGGGGAAGCAGCGGCCCCAAACCGGAGGAAGAGCUCUUGCGUCCCUCGACGGUGCAGCUCAACGACGGAGCCAAGGAGGGGCCGCCAAGGAAGUCUGGACGUGGCCGUGGUGGGAGAGGCGAGGGCCAAGCUGGACGUCCCUUACCUGAGCUUCCUCAGGCAGUGAGACAGCAACCUCCUGCACAGGGGGAAGAAGAAGGAGAGGCAAGCUCCACCUUGGGAAUGUCGGAGGGGGAAGGUUUAGGGUCAUCUGCACUCCAUCAUCAGCGUGUUCUCAUCAACAUCUCGGGCCUGCGUUUCGAGACUCAGCUGGGCACCCUGGCUCAGUUCCCGGACACUCUCUUGGGGGACCCUGCCAAGCGUCUGCAUUACUUUGACCCCCUGCGCAAUGAGUACUUCUUCGAUCGCAACCGACCCAGCUUUGAUGGCAUCCUCUACUACUACCAGUCGGGGGGCAGGCUGCGAAGGCCAGUCAAUGUCUCUUUGGAUGUGUUUGCUGACGAGAUCCGCUUCUACCAACUAGGGGAUGAGGCCAUGGAAAGGUUCAAGGAGGACGAGGGCUUCAUCAAAGAAGAGGAGAAGCCACUGCCCCGGAAUGAGUUCCAGAGGCAGGUCUGGCUCAUCUUUGAGUACCCAGAGAGUUCUGGCUCAGCCCGGGGCAUCGCCAUUGUCUCCGUUUUGGUCAUCCUCAUCUCCAUCAUCACCUUCUGUCUUGAGACCUUGCCUGAGUUUCGGGAUGAACGAGAGUUGUUUCAUCAUCCCCAGCUGCCCCAACAGCCUCCAGCUCCCCCCCAGAGCGCAAAUGCCAGCCGAGGUGGUGGUCGGGACCUGCAUCUUCUGCCUCAGGGGCCCACAGUAGCUCCUAUGAUGCCCAGGACCCUGGCAGACCCAUUCUUCAUUGUGGAGACCACCUGUGUAGUGUGGUUCACCUUUGAGCUUUUGGUACGCUUCUUUGCUUGCCCCAGUAAAGCUGAAUUCUCCCGCAACAUCAUGAACAUCAUCGAUGUGGUCGCAAUUUUUCCUUACUUCAUCACCCUGGGCACUGAGCUUGCAGAGCAGCAGCCAGGGGGAGUAGGAGGAGGCAGCAGUUCGAAUGGACAGCAGGCCAUGUCCUUGGCCAUCCUGAGGGUCAUCCGCCUGGUCAGGGUCUUUCGUAUUUUCAAACUCUCUCGCCAUUCUAAGGGCCUCCAAAUCCUGGGCAAGACCCUGCAGGCCUCCAUGCGAGAGCUGGGGCUCCUCAUCUUUUUCCUCUUCAUUGGAGUCAUCCUCUUCUCCAGUGCUGUCUACUUUGCGGAGGCUGACAACCAGGACACCCACUUCUCCAGCAUCCCAGAUGCCUUCUGGUGGGCAGUGGUCACCAUGACUACGGUGGGCUAUGGGGACAUGAGACCAGUGACGGUAGGGGGCAAGAUUGUGGGAUCUUUGUGUGCCAUUGCAGGUGUCCUCACUAUAGCUCUCCCUGUGCCUGUCAUUGUCUCCAAUUUCAAUUACUUCUAUCAUCGAGAGACAGACAAUGAAGAAAGGGCAGCCCUCAAGGAAGAACCAGCCAGCACCACAGGCCGGGGCUCAAUACAGGACAGUGUAAAUCAGCUGAAGUCUAGUGGGAGCAAAGGGUCCUUUACUAAAAUUCCAGAAAACAUGGAGGGGGCCCACAGAGAAAGCUGCCCCCCGGAAAAAUGCAAUCUUAAAGUCAAAAGCAAUGUAGACAUAAGGAAAUCCCUCUAUGCCCUUUGCCUGGAUACAAGCCAGGAGACAGAUCUGUAG